GCUAUUUAACCCGCUGCCUCUUUAAAGCCACCUGUAGCGGAUCUCUAUCCUCCAAAGGAAAUUAACCUCCGAAAGCCACCGAGUUAACGGACAUAAAGCUCUUGACACGGAAGACAUCUGUUUUCAUUAUUUUUCCGUUAUCAAUAUCUUUUUUAUUUUUAUUAUUUUUUUGUAUAAACGACACUUAAGUAGAGAACUAUGUUACUGACGCAUCAACUAUUCCUAUUAAUAUUAAUCUCUACUUCAGAAACAUCCACCACAAGCACAAACUCAGCCAGUGAUUCAACAGACACCCCAAUCACUGGUACUGUUGCAGUAACAAGCAUUCCAUCUGAGAAUACAACUACACCAUUCACAAACAAUGCCACAACCCCACUGCUGUCAACGCAUGCUAGCAAUGUCACAUCUCCACCUUUAUCUACUCAAGGCAAUGUGACAAGCUCAUCUACAGUUGUACCAGAAAAUGCUACCAGUUCAUCAGCGAUUACACCAGGAAAUGCCACAGCUUCACCUGCACCUGUAACAACAGCAGCAGCCAGAACCACAAGUCCACUUGUGCCUACACCAGAGGAUGCUACAAACCAUCCUGUAACUUCACCAGACAAUGCCACAACUGGUCCUUUACCUGAGCCAGGCAACAGCACAAACCCACUCCAAACUACAAGAGGCAAUGACACUACUCCCAUUAGCACACCAAGCAACAGCACAGCUUCACCAAUUACAACACCAAGCCAUGUCACAAUUACAACACAGACUACACCAGGUAAUGCUACAACAGCAAACCGUACCACAACUCCACCCUUAACCACAUAUAUUUCAAAUCAAAGUACACCAGGGAAUAAUGCAACAGUAAAUGCUACCAUACCACCCCUGACUACACCAGUAAAUGCUACUGCACAACCCCAAAAUACACCAGGGAACAAUGCAACAGUAAACGCUACUACACCACCCAUAACUACACCAGUAAAUGCAACUGCACCACUUCCAAUUACACCAGGGAACAAUGCAACAGUAAACGCUACUACACCACCCAUAACUACACCAGUAAAUGCAACUGCACCACUUCCAACUACAACAGGGAACAAUGCAAUAGUAAACACUACCACACUACCCAUGACUACACCAGGGAAUAAUGCAACAACAACAGUAAAUGCUACUACACCACCUCUAACUACACCAGUGAACAAUGCAACAGUAAAUGCUACUACACCACCCAUAACUACACUCGAGAAUAAUGCAACAGUAAACGUUACCACAACACCCAUGACUACACCAGUAAGUGCUACUAUACCACCUUUAACUACACCAGAGAAUAAUGCAACAGUAAAUGCUACUACACCACCCAUACCUACACUCGAGAAUAAUGCAACAGUAAACGUUACCACAACACCCAUGACUACACCAGUAAGUGCUACUAUACCACCUUUAACUACACCAGAGAAUAAUGCGACAGUAAAUGCUACCACACUCCCCAUGACUACACCAGGGAAUAAUGCAACAGUAAAUGCUACCACACUCCCCAUGACUACACCAGGGAACAAUGCAACAGUAAAUGCUACCACACAACCCAUGACUACACCAGUAAAUGCUACUACACCACCUUUAACUACACCAGAGAAUAAUGCAACAGUAAAUGCUACCACACUCCCCAUGACUACACCAGUAAAUGCUACUAUACCACCUUUAACUACACCAGAGAAUAAUGCAACAGUAAAUGAUACCACACCACCCAUGACUACACCAGGGAAUAAUGCAACAACAACAGUAAAUGCUACUACACCACCUCUAACUACACCAGUGAACAAUGCAACAGUAAAUGCUACUACACCACCCAGAAGUACACUUGAGAAUAAUGCAACAGUAAACGUUAUCACAACACGCAUGACUACACCAGUAAAUGCUACUAUACCACCUUUAACUACACCAGAGAAUAAUGCAACAGUAAAUGAUACCACACCACCCAUGACUACACCAGGGAAUAAUGCAACAACAACAGUAAAUGCUACUACACCACCUCUAACUACACCAGUGAACAAUGCAACAGUAAAUGCUACUACACCACCCAGAAGUACACUUGAGAAUAAUGCAACAGUAAACGUUAUCACAACACGCAUGACUACACCAGUAAAUGCUACUAUACCACAUUUAACUACACCAGAGAAUAAUGCAACCGUAAAUGCUACUACAUCACCUAUGACUACACCUGGGAACAAUGCAACAGUAAAUGCUACUACACCACCCAGAAGUACACUUGAGAAUAAUGCAACAGUAAACGUUAUCACAACACGCAUGACUACACCAGUAAAUGCUACUAUACCACAUUUAACUACACCAGAGAAUAAUGCAACCGUAAAUGCUACUACAUCACCUAUGACUACACCUGGGAACAAUGCAACAGUAAAUGCUACCACAGAACCCAUGACCACAACAGUAAAUGCUACUUCACCACCUUUAACUACACCAGAGAAUAAUGUAACAGUAAAUGGUACCACACCACCCAUUACUACAACAGUAAAUGUUACUAUACCACCUUUAACUACACCAGGAAACAAUGCAACAGUAAAUGCUACCACACCACCUAUGACUACACCUGUAAAUGUUUCUACACCACUUCUAACUACUUCAGUUAAUAACACAACAGUUAAUGCUACCACACCACCCAUGACUACACGAGGGAGUAAUGCAACAACAACAGUAAAUGCUACUACACCACCUUCAACUACACAAGAGCAUAAUGCAACAGUAAAUGCCACUACACCACCCAUAACUACACUCGAGAAUAAUGCAACAGUAAACGUCACCACAACACCGAUGACUACACCAGUAAAUGCUACUAUCCCACAUUUAACUACAGCAGAGAAUAAUGCAACAGUAAAUGGUACCACACCACCCAUAACUACACUUGAGAAUAAUGCAACAGUAAACGUCACCACAACACCGAUGACUACACCAGUAAAUGCUACUAUCCCACAUUUAACUACAGCAGAGAAUAAUGCAACAGUAAAUGGUACCACACCACCCAUAACUACACUUGAGAAUAAUGCAACAGUAAACGUCACCACAACACCGAUGACUACACCAGUAAAUGCUACUAUCCCACAUUUAACUACAGCAGAGAAUAAUGCAACAGUAAAUGGUACCACACCACCCAUAACUACACUUGAGAAUAAUGCAACAGUAAACGUCACCACAACACCGAUGACUACACCAGUAAAUGCUACUAUCCCACAUUUAACUACAGCAGAGAAUAAUGCAACAGUAAAUGGUACCACACCACCCAUAACUACACUUGAGAAUAAUGCAACAGUAAACGUCACCACAACACCGAUGACUACACCAGUAAAUGCUACUAUCCCACAUUUAACUACAGCAGAGAAUAAUGCAACAGUAAAUGGUACCACACCACCCAUAACUACACUUGAGAAUAAUGCAACAGUAAACGUCACCACAACACCGAUGACUACACCAGUAAAUGCUACUAUCCCACAUUUAACUACAGCAGAGAAUAAUGCAACAGUAAAUGGUACCACACCACCCAUAACUACACUUGAGAAUAAUGCAACAGUAAACGUCACCACAACACCGAUGACUACACCAGUAAAUGCUACUAUCCCACAUUUAACUACAGCAGAGAAUAAUGCAACAGUAAAUGGUACCACACCACCCAUAACUACACUUGAGAAUAAUGCAACAGUAAACGUCACCACAACACCGAUGACUACACCAGUAAAUGCUACUAUCCCACAUUUAACUACAGCAGAGAAUAAUGCAACAGUAAAUGGUACCACACCACCCAUAACUACACUUGAGAAUAAUGCAACAGUAAACGUCACCACAACACCGAUGACUACACCAGUAAAUGCUACUAUCCCACAUUUAACUACAGCAGAGAAUAAUGCAACAGUAAAUGGUACCACACCACCCAUAACUACACUUGAGAAUAAUGCAACAGUAAACGUCACCACAACACCGAUGACUACACCAGUAAAUGCUACUAUCCCACAUUUAACUACAGCAGAGAAUAAUGCAACAGUAAAUGGUACCACACCACCCAUAACUACACUUGAGAAUAAUGCAACAGUAAACGUCACCACAACACCGAUGACUACACCAGUAAAUGCUACUAUCCCACAUUUAACUACAGCAGAGAAUAAUGCAACAGUAAAUGGUACCACACCACCCAUAACUACACUCGAGAAUAAUGCAACAGUAAACGUCACCACAACACCCAUGACUACACCAGUAAAUGCUACUAUACCACAUUUAACUACAGCAGAGAAUAAUGCAACAGUAAAUGGUACCACCCCCCCCAUAACUACACUCGAGAAUAAUGCAACAGUAAAUGGUACCACCCCCCCCAUAACUACACUCGAGAAUAAUGCAACAGUAAAUGGUACCACCCCCCCCAUAACUACACUCGAGAAUAAUGCAACAGUAAAUGGUACCACCCCCCCCAUAACUACACUCGAGAAUAAUGCAACAGUAAACGUCACCACAACACCGAUGACUACACCAGUAAAUGCUACUAUACCACUUUUAACUACACCAGAGAAUAAUGCAACCGUAAAUGCUACUACACUCCCCAUGACUACACCAGGGAAAAAUGCAACAGUAAAUGCUACCACACAACCCAUGACCACACCAGUAAAUGCUACUAUACCACCUAUAACUACACCAGAGAAUAAUGCAACAGUAAAUGCUACUACACCACCCAUGACUACACCAGGAAACAAUUCAACAGUAAACGCUACCACACCACCUAUGACUACACCUGUAAAUGCUUCUACACCACUUCUAACUACAUCAGUUAAUAACACAACAGUUAAUGCUACCACACCACCCAUGACUACACCAGGGAAUAAUGCAACAACAACAGUAAAUGCUACUACACCACCUCUAACUACACCAGUGAACAAUGCAACAGUGAAUGCCACCACACCACCCAUGUCUACAACAGUAAAUGCUACUACACCACCCAUCACUACUCCAGUAAAUGCUACUACACCACCCCUUACUACACCAGGGAACAAUGCAACAGUAAACGCUUCCACACCACCCAUCACUACUCUAGUAAAUGCGACUUCACAACCUCAAACUACACAAGGGAAUAAUGCAACAGUAAAUGCUACCACACAACCCAUAACUACACCAGGAAACACUACAACAGAUAAUGCUACCCCACCACCUCAGUCUACAUCAGGAAAUGCUACUACACCACCCAUAACCAACUCAACAACUGGAUCCAUUGUCUCUACCACUAACCCAACUAACACUACAACCACACCAGCUACCUGUCCUGCAGUGCCCUGUCCACCACUCGGUGUCUGUGUGAACUCCACCUGUCAGUGCGUGACAGGAACUAUUCCUUUAAAUAAUGCCUGUGUGGAAACUAAAACCUUCACUAGUUCACUUCGGGUGAACCGCAUUUUUGAAAAUGCUAUGAAUGAUCCCAAAUCACCUUUAUUCCAGCAAACUGCUAAAGAGAUAAUUACUGCGGUAAAUGAAGCUCUGGGUAACCAGCCAAACUACAUUAACAGCAUAGUAAUUAAACUGAUGUCUGGCAGUAUAGUGGCUUCAGUAAACAGUUUUUUUGAGCCCAAUUCUCUAGUCACACAGGAAUCGGUUAUAUCUGCCAUGGAAACUGCUAUAAGAGAUUGUAAAGUGGCAAACUGUGCCAUUCUUGCUAAUGCUCAAUACACUGCAACCAACCUGUGUGAGCAAGCUCUGCCUCCUUGUGAUGUUGACACUACAGUGUGUGAGGCCAAAGAUGGGACCCCUGUUUGUACCUGUAAACCUGGCCAUGUAUCUAGCCAAUACCAGGCCAGAAGCUGUAGAGUUUGCCCUAGUGGAUACAAAGCGCAAGAGAACACGUGUGUUCAAUGUCCAUUUGGCUAUUCUGGAUUCAACUGUGACGAUUCCUCUUUGUUGGCUCUAGUGGUGGUGGCGUGUGUGUUAGGGGGAAUUCUACUCAUUGUGAUUUUGGCUGUUCUCAUCUACAUCUGUGUAACUCGUGGCAAGGAGUCAUCAAACAGCAAUUAUUACAACAGCCCGUACCCUGCUGAGGAGUUCCAGGCUACGUGGCCCUCUCAGAACGUAACCCAUAUUCCUCGUGCCACUCUGGCAUCUAGUUCCAGCAUUGAUGCCACUGGCAACAGUCUAGAGAUGGCUGAAGGGCCAGGCAGGAAAGGCCACAUUAAUGGAUUGAAGAUUGGAGGAAAGUCGGGCUCGUAUGACCUCAGAACAGAUGGCAUGAGGACCUUUAAGGACAUAAACCCCACACGGUACUCUUAUCUGAUGGGUCAUGAAAACCCCUACUUCACACAAGGAAAUGAGAAGAGAUGAGGAAAACAGCAGAGAAAUCCAGUGAGAAGUAAGAGGACAAGAAAAGAGUGCAAUAACGACAUGAAUUAUAAAAAGGCCUUAGAUCAAAAUGUUUCAGGAACGUUAACGCUGUCAAAACCAAACUGCUGAUCACAGACUCAAAGUAUAUACACAAACGGCAUUUGAGAGAUACUUAUAUAUAUAUAUAUAUAU